GAAGCCUUGAGCUGUCUGUGCGCGCUAAUAUCGCUUGCUGCUGUUUUUCACCGGUGGAAAUCAUUUCAUUGUUGCGCGAGCGCGGAUCAAGCUGCUCUCUCCUCACCGACACACACACACAUACACACACACACACACCGCGCCUCCAGCAUGCUUGUGCUUCUGCUGUGAACAUUCUCGCUUUAAGGCAAUGAGAGCUCCGUCCUGACAGCAUUUGUUCCCUCGGUGCAGGAUGCAGGAGCGGGUGAAGCGCGGUGGAGCGGCGGUGCUGCUGACGCUGUGCGCGGUGCUCGAGUGCAUAGAAGCAAAGAAGUACUGCUGGUAUUUUGAAGGAGGAUACCCCAUCUAUUUCAUAUGUCGCUCGUAUGAGGAAUGCUGUGGGACUCGCUGCUGCGUCCGAGCGCUUUCCAUCCAGAGACUCUGGUAUUUCUGGCUGCUGCUGAUGAUGGGCGUGCUCUUCUGCUGCGGAGCAGGCUUCUUGAUUCGCCGGAGGAUGUAUCCAUCAGCGCUCAGCGAGGAGCCCGCCUUCAACGUGUCCUUCACCAGACACCCGGUCAGCUCGCCAGUGUCGCAGCAGCCGGGCAUGCAAGGCUACGGUGACCCCUGCGGCGCCAUGACGACGGCCCUGACCCCAGCCUACCCGGGUCACAUGAUGAGCUCGUACCCCCCACCGCCCUCCUACUGCAGUCAUCCGCCGCCCUCGUACGAUCAGCUCUUCAGGAACGGCGAGAAGAAGAGCCUCAGCCGGUCCUCGCAGUGAGACGCCGCUCUCGCUCUUUCUGCCGGUCACAGUCUGUUUGACCUUUGACUGGUGACCUGUGGAGGGGCAACAGAGAACAGUGGUCCUGAUGGGGUUUGAGACGGACUUCUCUCCUGACGGAGCUGUGAAGAAGAGAUGCCAAGCACACGAGAUACUGAGAGUCUGGACUCUUUCUUUGAGAAGUGGGUCUUGAGGGACAGGAGAUGAAAACACAGCACAUCCAUCCUGAGGACGACCGCACUUCAGAACACAUCCUGAUCUCAGAUGAGCGUUUAUCACAUUACACCCGCUCAGUAUCAUCCUCCUGAGCCUCUCAAACAUCUGGAAGCCUGUUCAUGCCACUGGAUUAUUAAAAAUAAAUAAAAGAUAAAAAUAAGGUAAUUGACACUUUUCCUCUCGGAAUUCUGACUUUUUAUUUUGCAACUGCAAGUUCAAUUCUGACUUCUUCUUUUUUUAAGAAAGUUUUGUAAGAAAAUAGUUUUAUUGUCAGAAUUAGUCAGAAUGACUCGUGAUUGCAAGUUUAUAUCUAACAAAUAUGAGAAGUCAGAAAUACGAGAUAUGAACUGAGAAAGUGCAAGAAAGGUCAGAAGUGUGACUCGUUUCGCAAUUAUGCCUCUUUUUUUGUGUGUGUGUGUGUGUGUGCGUGCAUGCGUGUUUGUGUGUGUGUGUGUGUGUGUGUGUGCGUGCAUGCGUGUUUGUGUGUGUGUGUGUGUGUGUGUGUGUGUGUGUGUGUGUGUGUGUGUGUGUGUGUGUGUGUGUGUGUGUGUGUGUGUGUGUGUGUGUGUGUGUGUGUGUGUGUGUGGCAGAAACAGGCUUCCAUACAAACAGGAAUUUGGCUGAUGUUUUGUUCCAGUCCCAGUGGUUUAAAGGGUUAAUAAACUCUUGUCUGUGUAUGAAUCUGAAAUAGAUGAUGAGCUCACAUGGAGGGAGUCUGCUGAAGUCAUGUUAACUGAGCAAUUUAUUCACAUCUUUUCUGCUUCAUUACAGCCAGAGUGGAUGGGCCAGAAACUGCAGAAGCUCGUUUCGGGUUAAAUGUCUGGUUUUAUUGGAGAGUUCACUCUCGUUAAUGGUCCUCUGAGAGUUUAUCUGUGCAGAUUAAUUACUGGACUACAAUCAUCACUGAAAUAUAAUGAUUCAAACCCAGUGAGAAAUACAGCUGUAUUCAGAGUCAUUUAGCACAACACCUGCUAGAAAACUACUGGAAUUAGUUUCAGGGCUCUUCAUUAGCACCGAAAACAAUCAGAUGUGAAGCACACACCUGUAAGAGAAACAGGUCAGUUUAGCUCGAAGGGAAUCAUUUAAGAUUUUAAAGGGAAUUUGAACAGAAUCACUGUUUCACGGCUGUUCACGGAGACGCGGCUGCGGUUCAGUGAACGAGCCGUUUAACAUCAAAUCUGCGCUGGAUACUAAUAUCCAAACUAUAGUGAAAACACUAUCAAUUAGCACAGUAACAAGAUCGGCAGUUUAAGACAUUAACUUGUAAGCACAAAACACAAGAUACUUCUCUUUUCAAUAUGAAUAAGGCUUUAUUAGAUAAAUCUAAGACAUAUAAACUAAUCUAACACAUAAACGCACACACACAUUCACACAAGUUGCAGGAAGAUCGAAAGUUAGGGAAAGAUGAGUUUAAGAGAAUGGAAAUAUGGAAUCCCAAGUUUACAGCAAUACGUUAAAUUGCAUAGACAUGAACAACCAUCAAUCACGUAAUUACCCCUCGCAUUGAGUUCCUCAGUGAGGUUAAAAUUAUAUUAGAUACACCAGUAAAGGUCAGAGUCUGGAGGAGUUACUUGCGUCUCCUGUGUAAACGGGUUCCCUUUGCUGUCGUUAAAAGGGGGUUUCCUGAUGUUUCUGAUUGGCUGGAAGUUCAGUAGUCGCUGAAGUGAGUCUUGGGAAGCCUGUGGUUGGGCGUUUGCUGAAGAUGGAGAGUUGUGUGGCUGGUUGAAGUUGAACGGGCAGUCGAGGUCAGACACGGCGUUACAAAACUUAACUCAGAACACGAAACUCUCAAACGGAAAAGAAAAGAAACUAAAGUAAAAGAACAGAAGUAAAGUUUGACGAGACUAGGUGGUGUUUCUUUUCAUCGUGGCUGAGUAGCAGCAGGUGUGCAAGCCGAAACACGCUGGAACCGCGCUCAAAGAAUGCUAACAGUGAUGACUAAAACCUAAAGGUAGGAGCAAAAGCUAAAAGCAAAGAUUUGAUGGUGUCCUGAGUAUUUAAACUGCCCUGUUGGCCACACCUCAAAUGUUGUCUUGACCAAUCAGAUAUUGUCUUGGCUCGGGGGUAUCAUAAAUCAUAUGGGGGGGGGGGGGGUUACAUGUGCUGGCCGGCAUUGCAUCUCAAUUACUUUCCCCAAAUUUGACAAUCUCUUCUCUGAAUUGAAAUUGUCAAUAAUUGUUCUAAUGGUGUUAAUGUUUAAUUUGUGUGGUUCGGGUCUGAUACGCUACACUCUGGUUAUCUGUUAACAUCUCUGUGAAGAGAAUGCAGAUGCAAAAUUGUUUCAUAUUUAAACCCUGAGUAAAAUUAAACUUCAUAAUAAAUUAUAAUUAGCCCGAAAAUGUAAUAUAUAUAUUUAGGACUAAGAAACCUUUUUUUGUGAUUACAGGUCCAAUAAGAACAUUAAGAGUAAUAUUAUUAAGAUCAAUAUUGUUGUUGUUGUUAUUUUGGGGGGUAAAAUAUGACUGAAACAUGGUCUUCUUAACAUUCACCAACCAGCACUAUUAGAAUAUAUAUAUAUAUAUAUAUAUAUAUCUCAAAUUAGACUGAUUUGUAGGCCAUUUUUAGUAGAUGUGAUCCUGAACGUUUUAUUUGAAUGUGAUUAGUAUAUUGAAUGCUGGCUGGUUCCUAUUCUUGAUGUUGUGACUGUAAAGACUGGAUAUGAAAGUACAUGAAAAACACACAGAGCAUCAAUAGGUUGGGGUAUAUUUUAAGUCAUUCAAAGCCGUUUUGAAAGUGUUGUUUUUUGUCGUUGUGGUCCACUGUUCAUGGUUUCGUUUGAAGCUGAACUAUGCAAAGAGCGACUGAGUCCAUCUGCUAAUGUUGGAGUUUGUUUUCUGUUUUCUGGUGGAAGAGAUGUUCAGAUUCAAGCACCGCUGUAAACUGUACGUGUCACACAUCUGCCUCUGACACGAUCUGUGGAUUGACACCAGCAAACCCUUCACAGUGAAACACUCCUGAUGUCAGAAAAUCAUGAACUCUGAUAAUAAAGCUCCCUCUGUUCCAGA